GGAAGCCGCGUAGAGCAAGCCGCGAAACCACGGACAGACCGCCGGGCGGACGGACGGACGGACAGACGGGGCAUGCGGGCGGCCUGGCUCUAGCCCAGAUUGUGGGGCUCCAGCCGCAGCCAUGGAGCAGCGGCUGCGUGCGCUGGAGCAGCUGGUACGGGGCGAGGCCGGUGGCAGCCCGGGGCUCGACGGCCUCCUGGAUCUGCUGCUGGGGCUGCACCACGAGCUCAGCAGCGCCCCCCUGCGCCGGGAGCGCAACGUGGCGCAGUUUCUGAGCUGGGCCAGCCCCUUUGUAACAAAAGUGAAAGAGCUUCGUCUACAGAGAGACGACUUUGAGAUCUUGAAGGUGAUUGGCAGAGGGGCCUUUGGGGAGGUGGCCGUGGUAAGGCAGAGGGACAGUGGCCAGAUUUUUGCCAUGAAGAUGCUACAUAAAUGGGAGAUGCUCAAGAGGGCUGAGACGGCCUGUUUCCGGGAGGAGCGAGACGUUCUUGUGAAGGGAGACAGCCGCUGGGUGACUGCUCUGCACUACGCCUUCCAAGAUGAGGAGUACCUGUACCUGGUGAUGGACUACUACGCCGGCGGGGAUCUCCUCACACUGCUGAGCCGCUUUGAGGACCGCCUCCCGCCGGAGCUGGCCCAGUUCUAUCUGGCUGAGAUGGUGCUUGCCAUUCACUCACUGCACCAGCUGGGCUAUGUCCACAGGGAUGUAAAGCCUGACAACGUCCUGCUGGACAUGAACGGCCACAUCCGCCUGGCAGACUUUGGCUCCUGCCUGCGGCUUAACAACAGCGGCAUGGUGGAUUCAUCCGUCGCAGUUGGGACCCCGGACUACAUCUCUCCUGAGAUCCUACAGGCCAUGGAGGAGGGGAAGGGCCACUACGGCCCACAGUGUGACUGGUGGUCACUGGGAGUCUGCGCCUAUGAGCUGCUCUUUGGGGAAACACCCUUUUAUGCAGAAUCUCUGGUAGAAACCUACGGCAAGAUCAUGAACCAUGAGGACCACCUCCAGUUCCCCUCUGAUGUGCCCGAUGUGCCUGCUAGUGCCCAGGACCUGAUCCGACAGCUUCUGUGCCGCCAGGAGGAGCGGCUGGGUCGCGGCGGACUGGACGAUUUCCGGAACCACCCUUUCUUUGAAGGUGUGGAUUGGGAGAGACUCGCAACCAGCACAGCCCCUUACAUCCCCGAGCUUCGAGGGCCUGUGGAUACCUCCAACUUUGAUGUGGAUGAUGAUACCCUCAACCAUCCAGAGACGCUGCCACCAUCCUCCCACGGGGCCUUCUCGGGCCACCAUCUGCCAUUUGUAGGCUUCACCUAUACCUCAGGCAGCCCUGGUGGGGAGAAGAGCACUGACCUAGUGGCUGCCCCAGAGUGGAAGCACCACUGUGUGGAGCGGGAGAAAGUGGAAGUCAGGCAGAAGUGUCAAGAGACACUGAGGGACAGCAAGGCCUCCUUCUCACAGACUGAUGGCCUCCCUACUAGAAGCCCAGGCCCAGACAUCCAACUACAACAGGAAAAGGACCGCCUCCAGCAGGAGCUGACUGACACUCAAGCAGUAUUGCGAGUGCAGGCUGCUGAGCUGUGCCAAGCCCACGAGCGGCAGGAAGAAUUCCUGCAGAGGCUUUGGGAGGCCCAGGAGAGAGAAACAGCCGCAGCCAGCCAGAUCAAGGCCCUGAGCUCCCAGCUGGAGGAAGCCUGGGUUAUGCAGCGAGAGCUGGAAGGCCAGGUGGCCACCCUGAGUGAGGAGGUGACACGGCUCCAGGGACAAUAUAAACAAAACCAUGAGAAGGAGUCUUCCCAGGCCAAGACCGUCCGUGCAGCCCCUGAGACCAACGGCAUGGGGUCACCUGAGGGUCAGUCUCAAGAGGCCCAGCUGAGGAAGGAGGUAGUUGCUCUGAGGGAGCAGCUGGAGCAUGCCUGCAGCCAAGGGAUCAGUGUUGGGAAAGAGGAGGCCCUGUGCCGACUGCAGGAGGAAAACCAGCGCCUGAGCCGGGAGCAGGAGCGGCUGGCAGAAGAGCUGGAGCUCGAGCUACAGAGCAAAAAGCGUUUGGAGGGCGAACGGCGGGAGACUGAGAGCAACUGGGAGGCCCAGAUCGCCGACAUCCUCAGCUGGGUGAAUGACGAGAAGGUAUCCAGAGGCUACCUGCAGGCCUUGGCUACUAAGAUGGCUGAGGAGCUAGAGUCCUUGAGGAAUGUGGGCACCCAAACACUCCCUCCCCGGCCUCUGGACCACCAAUGGAAGGCGCGGAGGCUGCAGAAGAUGGAGGCCUCAGCCCGGCUGGAGCUUCAGUCAGCACUGGAAGCUGAGAUCCGUGCCAAGCAGGGUCUGCAGGAGCGGCUGACGCAGGUGCAGGAGGCUCAGCUGCAGGCAGAACGCCGCCUGCAGGAGGCUGAGAAGCAAAGCCAGGCCCUGCGGCAGGAGGUGGCUGAGCUACGGGAGGAGCUUCAAGGCCAUGGACCCGGGGAUGCCAAGCCCUCCACUUCCCUCAUCCCCCUGCUGUCCUUCUGGAGCAUGGAGAAGGACUCUGCCAAGGAUCCUGGCAAUUCAGGAGAGGCCCCAAGGUCUGGAGCAGAAGCCGAGUUGAAGCCAGAGGGCCGCCGCAGUCUGCGCAUGGGGACUGUGUUCCCCAGAGUGCCUGCCACCACCACUACCCCUGCAGAAGGUCCUCCUGCUAAGCCCGGCUCACACACCCUGCGUCCCCGGAGUUUCCCAUCCCCUACCAAGUGUCUCCGCUGUACCUCGCUGAUGCUGGGCCUGGGCCGCCAGGGCCUCGGCUGUGACACCUGCGGCUACUUCUGUCACUCAGCCUGUGCUCCCCAGGCCCCACCCUGCCCUGUGCCCCCUGAACAACUUCGCACAGCCCUGGGGGUGCACCCUGAAACAGGCACCGGCACUGCCUAUGAGGGUUUCCUGUCGGUGCCACGGCCUUCAGGCGUCAGGCGGGGCUGGCAGCGUGUGUAUGCUGCGCUCAGUGACUCCCGCCUGUUGCUCUUUGAUGCCCCUGACCCUCGAGGCAGCCUGGCCAGUGGGGUCCUCCUGCAGGCCUUGGAUCUGAGGGACCCCCAGUUCUCAGCCACCCCUGUCUUGGCCUCAGAUGUCAUCCAUGCCCAAUCCAAGGACCUGCCACGCAUCUUUAGGGUGACAGCCUCCCAGCUGACAGUGCCACCCACCACAUGUACUGUGCUGCUGCUGGCAGAGAGUGAGGGGGAGCGGGAGCGCUGGCUUCAGGUGCUGGGUGAGCUGCCGCGGCUGCUCCUGGAUGCACGUCCAAGGCCCCGACCAGUGUACACGCUCAAGGAGGCCUAUGACAACGGGCUGCCGCUGCUGCCUCAUGCGCUCUGUGCUGCUAUCAUUGACCAAGAGCGUCUUGCCCUGGGCACUGAGGAGGGGCUGUUUGUGAUCCAUCUUCAUAGCAAUGACAUCUUCCAGGUGGGAGACUGCCGCCGAGUUCAGCGAUUGACUGUGAGCUCUGCCGCUGGCCUGCUGGUCAUUCUCUGCGGCCGUGGUCCCAGUGUGCGCCUCUUCCCCCUGGCUGAACUGGAGAAUGCUGAGGUGGCAGGUGCCAAGAUCCCUGAAUCCCGAGGCUGUCAGGCUUUGGUGGCCGGGCGCAUCCUGCAGGCCCGGACUCCGGUGCUUUGUGUGGCAGUCAAGCGCCAAGUGCUCUGUUACCAGCUGGGCCCAGGACCAGGGCCCUGGCAGCGCCGGAUCCGAGAGCUGCAAGCACCAGCUCCUGUGCAGAGCCUGGGGUUGCUGGGUGAUCGGCUCUGUGUGGGUGCAGCAGGCACCUUCACUCUCUACCCGCUGCUCAACGAGGCCGUGCCCUUGGCGCUGGGCACUGGCCUGGUGGCUGAGGAGCUGCCGGCGUCCCGCGGCGGCCUGGGUGAAGCACUGGGUGCCGUAGAGCUCAGCCUCAGCGAGCUCCUGCUGCUCUUUGCCACCGCUGGUGUCUACGUGGAUAGUGCUGGCCGCAAGUCACGAAGCCACGAGCUACUGUGGCCAGCGGCACCCACUGGCUGGGGUUACACAGCGCCCUACCUAACAGUGUUCAGUGAAAACUCCAUUGACGUGUUUGACGUGAGGAGAGCAGAAUGGGUCCAGACUGUGCCGUUCAAGAAGGUAAGACCCCUGAAUCCAGAAGGCUCCUUGUUCCUCUAUGGCACCGAGAAGGUCCGCCUGACCUACCUCAGGAACCCAUUGGCAGAGAAGGACGAGUUCGAUAUUCCGGACCUCACGGACAACAGCCGGCGCCAGCUGUUCCGAACCAAGAGCAAGCGCCGCUUCUUCUUCCGGGUAUCCGAUGAGCUGCGACAGCAGCAGCGCAGGGAGAUGCUGAAGGACCCUUUUGUGCGCUCCAAGCUCAUCUCACCGCCCACCAACUUCAACCACCUGGUACACGUGGGCCCUACAGAUGGAAGGCCCCGCACUAGGGACAGGGCCAGGGCUCAGGAACAGAAGAGCAGAGGUGCCCGCAGCUCCGGACCACAGCGGCCCCACAGCUUCUCAGAGGCAUUGCGGCGCCCAGCGUCUACCGGCAGUGAUGGACUCCCUGGAGAAACAGACCCCUUAAUGAAGAGGAAACCUUGGACGUCGCUGUCCAGCGAAUCAGUGUCCUGCCCCCAGGGGUCCCUGAGUCCUGCAGCACCCUUAAUACAGGUCUCAGAGCGCCCCCGAAGUCUCCCUCCAGACCCUGAGUCAGAGAGCACCCCCUGAUGCCCACGGGCAGUGCCCACCCCAUUCCCAAGACAGAAGGAAUGAGGAAGUGAAGAGUUUGUGUGACGCCAUACUCCGGCUGGUCCGGGACACGCUGAAAUUCAGACUCAGGGAGAGCCUGGGCUGGGGCUAAGAGCAAGGCGUGCCUGGGUCCCCACCAAUAGGGCUCUGACUCUUUGCCCUCAUCCUGCUAUUCCCCUGGGCUUCCAGCACAGGCCUACACUGGCCUCUGGGAGUGCCGUGGCUCUGGUGCCCAGGGAAGAUUGUGCCAAAGCUGUGCUUCCCGGGGCCAAGCCUAGGGAAGCUGUUAGGAGCCAGGAUGAGGAACAGGGCUGUGGGAGUAUGCUGGGUGCCGUGUCUGCGGGUGACUGGCUCCGGCUGCGGCCGAGGUGGUGCACGUAAGGUCUCUGCUCAGGGUCUGGCUGGGGUAUGGACGCUGAUUUACAGGGAAAGGAUGGGAAAAGUGAAGGAAUCGUGCAGGUGAACGAGCGAGAGGGAGGCGAGGGAGCAAAGGAAGCAGAAGAGGAAGUGACGUAAUCAGAAGGAUUAGCCUGAGAAAGGAGAGAAGGACAAAAUGAGUGAUGAAGAGGAGGAUGCUGGAGA